AUGUACCUCUAUGGUCGUGUGAAUGGUAAAGACGUUGUAGUGAGCAGUUGGUCUACCGCCGCCGUGACUGUUAGGGACCUGUCCUUGUCUUACGGCCGCCACGGUCCGCCUGUCAUCGACGGUGCCAACAUGACGGUGCCCCAGGGACUCAUCUACGGCCUCCUGGGCGCCAGCGGCUGCGGCAAGACGAGCCUCCUGCGCUGCCUCGUGGGCCUCACCAAGCCCAAGGCGGGGAAGAUCCUGGUUUUCGGACAGCCACUGCACACGAUGCAUGUGCCGGGACGGGGCGUCGGCUACAUGCCACAGGAGCUGGCCCUGUACGCCGACUUCACCAUUGCGGAGAACCUGUAUUUUUACGGAAAGCUUUUGGGGCUCAUCGAAGAGCGCAUCUUCUACCGGAUCACCUUCUUGUGCUCCUUCUUCCAAAUCAUGCCAGCGAACAGAACCGUUAAGACGCUCAGCGGUGGCCAGCAGAGACGAGUGUCCUUGGCCAUCGCCCUGCUGCACGAGCCGCCAUUUUUGAUCCUGGACGAACCGACGGUCGGACUGGAUCCUGUGCUGCGGGACGUCAUCUGGCGCUACUUCGUCACCUUGUCCAACGACAUGAACUCCACCCUGGUGGUUACCACGCAUUUCAUCGAGGAGAUCGAGCAGGCGGCCCUAGUGGGUAUAAUGAAGAACGGCAAGGUGUGGUGCGAGCAGCCGCCGUCAACACUUGUGCAAACAUAUGGCCCCGGCUCUCUGUCCAGCGUCUACCUCAAGGUGUGCAAGCGCCUUGAAGUGGAGGGCCCCGGCGGAGACAGACCCUUGCCACCCGCAGCGCCGUCGCUGGAAGUAACUCUGGCCUCGCCCCCAGCGCAGCUGAGCGCUUUGGAAUCCGGCCGGAGGUGGACCCGUAUCCGGGCCCUCAUGGCCAAGAACAUGAUCAAGAUCAUGCGCCGCCUCGUGACCAUAAUUUUCCAGCUGGUGGUGCCGUCCUGCGUGGGUGUGGUGUUCUGUUUGUUUGUGGGAGGCGAGCCGUACGACCUGCCGCUGGCCAUCGUGAACCUGGAGGUGAAGAGCGCGCUGGGAAAGAAGUACGGCACAGAAUUCAUCGACGAACUAAGCGCCGUGACCCUCCGCAAGAUGAACUACGACAACUUGGCCGACGCCUUCUUGGCGGUACGCACGCAGGAGGCGUGGGCGACCAUCUACAUCCGGGAAAACUUCAGCACGGCCAUUUACCAGAGAUACGCUGACAAGUUCGAUGUUCCCGACGAUAUUGUGGAAGAAGGCACCAUCGAUGUCUACAUGGACUCAACGGACUACACGAUCCGUGGCACCAUCGAGCGUGAGAUCCACAGGGCCCACAACGCGGUCCUCAGGAGCGUGGUGUCCAACAGCACCGGACAGAACGUGUCCGUGCAGACGCUCAAGAUCACGGAUCCUUUUUAUGACGGGCUCAGCUUCACAUUCCGGGAGUUCAUGAGCCCCGGCAUCAUAGUGUCGUAA